AUGUCAGCAAUGCCUAGAAAAGAGCCAAAGAUGUUUGUCUUGCUCUAUGUUACAAGUUUUGCCAUUUGCGCCAGUGGACAACCGCGGGGUAAUCAGUUCAAAGGAGAGAGCUACUCCCCAAGGUAUAUCUGUAGCAUUCCUGGCCUGCCCGGGCCUCCAGGCCCCCCCGGAGCGAACGGUUCCCCCGGGCCCCACGGUCGGAUCGGCCUUCCAGGACGGGACGGUAGAGAUGGCAGGAAAGGAGAGAAAGGUGACAAGGGGGCUGCAGGUUUGCGAGGUAAGACUGGACCCCUGGGCCUUGCUGGAGAGAAAGGGGACCAAGGAGAGGCUGGGAAAAAGGGACCGAUGGGACCUGAGGGAGAGAAAGGAGAAGUAGGUCCUCCUGGGCCGCCUGGACCAAAGGGGGACAGAGGAGAGCAAGGGGACCCGGGGCUGCCUGGAGUGUGCAGAUGUGGAAGCAUCGUGCUCAAAUCUGCCUUUUCUGUUGGCAUCACAACCAGCUACCCGGAAGAAAGGCUGCCGAUCGUAUUUAACAAGGUCCUCUUCAACGAGGGAGAGCACUACAACCCAGCAACGGGAAAGUUCAUCUGUGCCUUCCCAGGGAUCUAUUAUUUUUCUUACGAUAUCACAUUGGCAAAUAAGCACCUGGCCAUCGGGCUGGUACACAAUGGGCAGUAUCGGAUAAAGACCUUUGAUGCCAACACAGGAAACCAUGACGUGGCUUCAGGGUCCACAGUCAUCUAUCUGCAGCCAGAAGAUGAAGUCUGGCUGGAGAUAUUCUUCACUGACCAGAAUGGGCUCUUCUCAGACCCAGGUUGGGCUGACAGCUUGUUCUCUGGGUUUCUCCUGUAUGUUGACACAGAUUAUCUAGACUCCAUAUCAGAAGACGAUGAACUCUGA